AUGUCUCGUGGCUUCACUGCUUACAUUUUCCAACAAAGAGGCUCCAUGAAGAAACUUGAGAGCAGCUUGGAAAAUUUUGAACUUUAUCUCCAGAAGCACGAGCAUUGUCUUUCGAAUGUGAAGACAAUUCUUUCCCGUGAUGGGUCUACAUUUGCCUUUUCUUCAAAUUGGCACUGCUCAGAAGAAUUUUUUACACCUUCACCAGAAAGACCUCCAUCUUUUUUCAUAUCCUUAUUUUUACCUGACGUGACUUUAUCGAUGUUAGGAUAUCUUAUAGGAGAAGAAGACACUGACUCAAUAGGGGAACUUUUAACUUCCUGGCCACUGGCUUUGUUCUUAUGGGAGCCGGAUAAAAUAGACGAGCUUGAAUUAGCAGCAACUAUGGACAAUCUGCUUUUGAGGAACUACCACGAUUGUCAGAAGUCCAAUGGUCAUCAUCUGCAU